UCAGAAUCAGAAAAAUGUGGAAGAGAAGCAGCAGCAGUAGCAGCUGGUUACACCGUGGCUACGACAAAGUAGUCGGCCGAUUACGAGCGAAACAAGAUCCGAAGAGUCGGAAUUUUCCGAUACUAGAAGACCAUCCGGUCGGACAACAACAUGCUCAAGAAUCUGUUGAAGCAUAUGCCACUGUCAAACAAAAUAUCAAGAAGCUGAUUAAGGAGUUUAGGGUUUAUAGAUGGAGCCCUGAUAAGCCCAACGACAAACCUUUUCUCCAGUCUUAUUUCAUCGACCUCUCCAAAUGCGGUCCUAUGGUUUUGGAUGCAUUACAGAAAAUAAAAGCAGAGGAUGAUUCGAGCUUGAGCUAUAGAAGAUCAUGCAGAGAAGGAAUAUGCGGAUCAUGCUCGAUGAACAUCGAUGGGACUAAUACCGUCGCCUGCCUUAAACCCAUUGAUGCCGACACUUCCAAGCCGACUAUCAUCACUCCUCUGCCUCACAUGUUUGUCAUUAAAGAUCUUGUUGUUGAUCUCACCAAUUUCUACAAUCAAUACAGAUCGAUAGAGCCAUGGUUAAAAACAAAGGCAAAACCUGAAGAUGGCAAGGAAUAUAGACAAUCAGCAGCAGACAGAAAAAAGCUAGAUGGGCUAUAUGAGUGUAUUUUGUGUGCAUGUUGUACUACUUCAUGCCCUUCUUAUUGGUGGAAUCCUGAGGAAUUCCUUGGACCUGCGGCUUUGCUCCAUGCUUAUCGAUGGAUUUCCGAUAGGUAA